AUGUCGUUUCUGAAAAAGAAGCCACAACACGAUCCGUUUGGUCACUUGCUCGCCCGCGACGCGACCGAGCAACAACCUGCCGCCGCGGAAAGCGGGUUUCUACAGCGCGUAGUUAGCAAUGAACAAGAGGCGUACAAUUCGCCCUUCCGCACCACACAAACCGUCGCUGACGCCCAACGGCGCAAGAUUAAGCGUUUCCCUACCGUCAGUGCCACCAGCCCCGGCGGUUCCGCCGCGGAAAUGGGUUACAAGGUGAUCGACGCGGCCCGCAAGCGGGCUAAGGAUAUUGCCGUACCAAGUUACCUGCAGGGAAACGACGAGCGUCAGAGACGUAACCUGGACAAGCUGGAACGUAAAGAGGACAAGCUUAAGUAUUUGCAGGAAUCGCAGCGGAUUGUGGACGUGAGGUCUGCCGCGAAGAAGGAGGCUGACCCGGAAAGUCGUGAUGCGGGCGAGACUGGGGCCGCGUCUGCGGCUGAACCUGCGACGCCUACCGACCAUACUGAAGCCGAACCAGCGGAUAUAACUGCAGUGCCUACAGAAGAGCCAGCUGCUGAGUCUGAAACUGCGAAAGAGCGCGAGACUGGUGCCCUCGUAGAGGAUUACGACUCCGCGUGCCGUGACGACCCCGAGUGCGCCGCGGGCAAAGAGGCCGCCGCCGUACAGGCGGAAAGAGCCCGCGAAGAGUCCGAUCUCACCGGCAAGGCGCCCGAGGAAGCAGAAGCGGCUGCGUUCAGCAACCUUUCACAUGCGGCGCAAGCCGUGGAAGAAGCACAAGUGCCCCUCGAAGAACCGGAACAGAGCGAAAUAGUCAACGAUGACCCCGCAGCCGCUCUCCCGGCCGCAAACGACAGCGACGACGUCGCUGCAGCUUCCAGCUUUCAGUUGAAGGAGGCGCCCUCCGCUGACGUAGCAAAGACCGACGAUGUCGCCGUCGACCCAAGCCUGGCACACAACAGCGACGAGCUUGUGAAGCCAAUCGCGAUUAAGGAGGCGCCUCGCGUUCCCUUCAAAUCUAGUGGCAUUUUCGCGCUUUGGACGCGCGCCAACACAAAGGGCCAGCCCGUGGCUUCGCCUGACGACCCAGAGUUCAUAGUGCGUACCGAUAAGGGCUACAUGUCCAAGGCGCUUUACGAUACGCUUCAUUACGAGGAGGCCAUCCAUCAGCGCGAAAUGGCCACUUACCGCGCAGAUCAAGACGCCAAGCACGAUUCCAAAAAAAAGGAGUACGAGGGCGAGAUUAGCACGUUACAGGCACAGGUGGCAGAGAUUGAUGCGGCCAUGGAGCAACUCAAAGAGGAUACCGCAGAAAAGAUCAAGGUUAGUGAGAGCGACUUAGUGCGCCAAAUGAUUGAGUCGAACGCACAGCACAGUGUGGUGAAAACCGGCAUUUUCAAAGAAACCGAGAACAUGAAACUACAAAAAAUUCAAGAGAAGGAUGACAUUGAGGACUUGCAAGAAGGGGUCAAGUCCGAGAUCGACGAGUUGCAAAAACAGAAAGAAGAAGUUGGCACGGAGCAUGAGGAGUAUUUGAGUCAGGUCAAUGAUCUCACGUCUCAGUUGGAUACCAAAUUAGCCGCCAUUGAAGAACUCUGCGCGAAGCAAACAGCAGCCAACGAGGCCAUUGCUAAUCUAAAAGCCAAAUGGGAAGAGCUCGAGAAGGAGACCAACGAGGCGAACGAACUUCACGACAAGAACACCGAAGUUAUUGCCAGUAUCGACCGUAAGGACUACUUACCCGAAUUGAAUGCCAUUGACGGUCAAAUCUCAGAACUGUUGACCUCUGUGACCAUGAUCAAGCAAGAAAACUCUAAUCAACAAGCGGAAUUUAUGGCCAUCAGCAAACGCCUGGAAGAAGAACGCAAGGCACAUGAAGAAAAAUUACGCAGAGAAGAAGAGGAGAGGAAAAGGGCAGAGGAAGCCAAAUUGGAAAAGCAACGCGAGGAACUUGAAGCGAAGGCAGCCGAAGCGCGGAAACGUCACGAGGAGGAGCUUCUACUUUUGAAAGAAGAUCACCAACAGCAGAUUGACACAUUCACACGCCAGGCUGCGGACAACGAGGAUCUACUGCAACAGGAGCGGUUGGAGCGCGAAAGAGUCGAACGAGAGAAAUCUCGUCUCCAAGGUCAGCAUGCGGCUCAAGAGCAACAGAGACAGCAGGAAGCGGACGAUGCGCUAAAGGCCGAGGUGCUUGGAAAAAGGCACAAGCAGGCUGAGGCCGCGCACGCCGCGGACAAUGCCCGUGCGGACUUUGUUGCCAAAAAUGGAACCAGUUCUAAGGGUCUGAACGCGACCCAGAACCAGAACCGAACCAGAGACAGUUCGUUGUACGAAUACGAGAGUGAGGUGGAAAUUUUUUCGGAGGACGCCACCACUUGA